AUGCGCGUGGGGACUCUUCUGAAUAGAGCACAAACCGAGCACAUACAGGAAUCUAGGGCUGCCCUUAAACAGUUGGAGCAGCUUAUUCUAGAGGGAGAAACAGCAGAGAUUUUCAAGGAAUUUUGCGAGUGCACCAGCCUAAUAAUAGGAUGCAAGAAGGGCGAGCUGCCCCGGAGUCUUCUUGCCUUCAUGAACGAGCUCAUGAAGGCGCUCAAGCACGUGAAAGCAGGCAGAAACUUUAUACACAAUUUGAUAAAGUAUCUGGUCAAGGGGGUAGACUCCAAGCUGAAACACGUGCGGCACAACAGCCUCUCCCUUCUGUGGAGCUGCAUGGAGCAUCUGGACAGCGUCAGCCCCAGACUGUGGGAGAUUGUGAAGAUAAAAAUAGGAGAAAAGCUCUUCGACAAGGAGGUAAAUGUGCGUGUUCUGGCUGUCCGGAUAUCUGCCAAGUACCAGGAGGCUUCUGUGGAGGGCGGCCUGCACUUUUACAAACUGUUCAAGGACUUGCUCCGGUACGACACAUCUGCAGACGUGCGGAAGCUGGUGCUGCAGUACAUCGUCGUGAACAAAAGCACGGUUUCAGCUAUAGCCACGCGGGCUGCGGAUACGAGUGAUGCUGUCCGCAUGGUCUUUGCCACGAAUAAGCUUGCUCUGAUUCCGUGGGACGGGUGCUUGUCGCUCGAUCAGAGGGCGCUUCUUUUGCAGACGCUCGAGGAGGAGAGAGUUGAGGAGAUCCGGAAGAAGUCCCUCGAGAGGUUUGAAAUUAUUUUUGAAGAAGUCUUUGAGGGAAAGUAUGAGAUGUUCACAGACGCUUUUUAUGUGGAAAAUGGAAAUAACAACUCGCUCAAAAAUGUUCUGAAAGAGCUCAUGAAAAGACACGAGUAUGCGAGCGGGUUUGAUGAGGGCUUUUUGGAGAGGGCGACGCCAGCCCUGCUUUUUCUUAUGUGGGUCUCCCUGGAGCAUGUGGACAGCGACCGGGGGCGGGAUAACCUCGUUUUGCCAGACAUGGCAGUCCUUCUUAAGUCGAUCGCAGACUCUUCGUGCUCCGUUGGAGAAGACGGGGAGUACAGCGGGACUCUGUCGCACGCGCUGUUUUCCCUGCUGGACUACUACGACAUAUUCCAGAGCAGCGAGAGGGGGCUUCUUGUUAAGUGCGCCCUCUAUAUUCUGUCGCAGGGAGAGCAUUUGCUCCCAGGGGUUGUUGACUCCGUGUGCAAGAUGGUCAUAAAGGCGUGCAGCGGGUCUGAAAGCCCGAAGGUCUAUUUGAAGGCGCUGGGGACUGGAGAGGCGCGGACGCAGAUGCUUUUCUCAAAGGCCCUGCUUAUGUCGAAGGAGUUUGACCCGAAGGCAUUUUUGGAGGUCUUUGAGGUUAUAGAGAGAAAGUGCGAAGAGGCCAUUUUCUCGCCCGACGAGGAGAUAAAGGAGUGCGGAGUGCACCUGCUGGUUCUCUGCGCGUCGGAAACGGGGAAGUGCGACGAGGCCGUGGGGAAACUUUUGGAGCUGGUGCGGCAGGGCUGGCAGAGUGCGUUCCGGGCGCUUGUUGACCUUUCCAUUGUUUUUAGGACGAGAAAGGACGUUUUUGACACGGUUUUUGGCCUUGUGAAGACCUUGCAGUUUGAAAUGCGCGACAAGUCGAUCACGAAGCUGCUGCUGUCUGACCUGGCGUCUGAGGAGCAGGCUGAAGAGCUCGUGCGGGACUUGGUGGAGAGGUUCUACUCCGAGGAAACAGGCCUGCAGGACGCCCAAUACUUGCACGUGUUUUUCUACGAGUAUUUCAGAACCAAGCACUGGGUGGUGUUUACGAUAUACAGAGACGUAAUUUCAAAGAUAAAGCACUGGAAGGUCUUUAACGACCAAAUCAUAUACUGGUUUGAGAGCAGGAAAGACCUGGCGUAUAAGGAAAGCGACUUGCUCCUGAUUGUUCUUUCGGUCUCUCUGAAGGCCUUGAAGGGGGCUAAAGAAGCUCCUGCGAGGGACAGGAAAGAGCUUCUCCAGAAACACUUGGAUUUGCUUAGCAAAGUGGCUGCGCUGAGAUGCGCCCUCACAGAGGAGGAGAAAGCAAAGGCUCUCGAGCUGGCAAGUGCGCUCAGCAAGCAGUCCGUAAAGAUUCUUCCCGACAGCGAUGUUGUAAAAAACAUUCUGUUUGACCUUAUAAGUAGAGAAUGA